CUAAAGAUGAGCAAUGGUUUACAAGAGACUCGGGAAUUAAAGAGGGCUCGAGAUUUGACCAGACUAUACGAUGAGACCUUUAUCGGCUUUAAGCUUCGGGUCAAGAAUGAAAUUGAUAAAAUUAAUAAAUUCUAUAUGAAAUCAAGUGGUCCAGAAGAAACUACAGUUUUUGUACCAAAGGUCUCUGGCAAUAGGAGACUUAGCGCGAGCAAUAAGUCUUUUCAAUUGACAGAUUCAGUUUCUCCUGUAGUUCAUAAGGAUAUGAAAACGACUACAAAGACGCGGCAAGGUUUGAUGGCAUUCAAUGGCGAAGUCAGCUCUAUUAUCUGAGAUAACAAAAAAGGCAAUAACUUACAAGAAGACCUGUUUACUUACAAUGAGAUACAAGAGAAGGAAAUGACUAAGAACGAGCUACUCUACAUUGAAGAAGUUAAAAAAGUCAGAGAUAAGCUAUCAGAACCUCAAGAAAAAUAAGUGCACUAGGGAAACUCAGGAAGAAAAGGAAAGGGCAGCUUCCAGGUUCAGACUCCAGGCUCUUUGUAACGACAACAGUGCAUUCCAGAAAUACAAGAAAGGUACCUUGUUCGAAGAUAAGGUAGACAUAAUGGAACUGGUCAGAGAAGGAAAAGCAGAACAAAAUUUUAAAUAAAAGGAAUAAAUCUGUCAUUGGUCCGAUGGAAAGCACAGAUCCUCAAUCUAUUAGAGAACAAGAAGCCAAUACUUUCCGAAACACUAUGGAGAGAUUAAGGAACUUGAGUAUGGAUCCAAAUGUGAGCAAGCCACAGAGGGAGAGGUCACACAAUUUUAAACCUCACUAUAUAAAAGUUCUUCCUCCUAAUACACCUCAGAAUUUUAGAAAGAUCAGGAGAGAGGUUCCAGUCAUUAGAAACUUUCGAAGCAAUAAAUUUCCUGGCUUAUCUAAAGUGAAAAGUCCAGCUCAGAAGAAGCUUAAUACGACUCUGAGCACGAUAGGAAAUGAAGAAGCUACAGGAAGCACGACUAAGCGAGAGAUUUUGAUUCCUCCAAUGAAUUUCGACAAUGCUGAUAUACAACAUAAUCACAGCAGCUUUUUAAUUACCGAAAACAAGCAGAGCGAUAGUCCUCUGAAAAAACAAGGGAAGAAAUCUGCUAAAAAGUAUAAGUUAAGCAAGAUAAAUUUACCAUAAGCACAACAAAGUUUGGAUUACUAAAGCGUAAAAUAUUUAACAGGAAUCUUUCAAGAGGAAGGGAUAAGAGUCCUCCAAGGCUAAGAGAACGCUCGAAUAGAUUCUCAUUGCCACCACCUCCUAAAAUGACGGAUCCUGAUAUAAAACUCUUGUGCAAGAAGCUUGCUUCUAGGCUGUCUAAUAAGAAAUAAGAAUGAGCGUGAGAAGGAACUUAGCAGAGUGAAAAAGUCUGUUUACCUCUAGUAAGGCUACUUUCUUAAUCUAAUACCUUCAAAAUCCCUAUUUUGAAUCCAUCCAAUAAUUCCCUUCGUCGGAUUUUCAAGAAGGUUCAAAAUCUUGGCAGAAUUAGCACCUUUCUUAUAAUUUUGGUUAUAAAGCAAUGAUUCGAGUAUGAUCUCGAAGAUGAAAUUGACUUCAAGACAAAAUACAACUACAGAAUGUUUUUAGAGCAAUAUUACCAGCAGAAAUUUGAAGAGAUGGUCGAAAUCAUUAAACAAAUGGAGAAUGUAACUAACCCAAAAUUAGCAAAAAGAUAUUUUGAUUACUCUGCUUUGCAAAUUACUGAAAACUUAACCCAGGCGAAUGACAUUGUGAAAGAAUAUAAAUCAGGUCUUGCCGAUCCUUGACGACAAGUAGCAAUGCACGAGAAGAGCCUCUCUACUAAGGCAGGAAGGCUCAAUAAGAGACGAUAGUGGACAUACCUUAACAGAGCUUAACAAGUAAC